GACAAGAAACAUUCUACCGACAUGAGAUAAAGCAUUUGUGUGAAAACUGUGUGAUCCAUAUUGACAAAUAAUAACGAUGAUUAAGUUGAUAUGCAUCGUUACCAUUUUGUGUGGACCGUGUUUCAAGAUGACAUCAGCGGAUCUCAGCAGCAAGUUGUAUUAUUAUGAGAUGAUCAGUCCAAUCAGUAUAUACACACGAUCGAAACGAAGUAUUGACGAAACGGCGGAUACCGAGUUAUUAACAAAGGAAUUUGCGUUUUCUGCCUUUAACAGAUCGUUUGUCUGUCAUAUGCGUACCAGGACUGAAAUAUUUGCUCCCGGGUUCAACAUCACAGUGGUAGAAAAACACGGAGAACACACAAUAGCUCAUAUACAGGAGGGCAACUUUUAUUCUGGAAAGGUGGAUGGAGAGGAAAGUUCCGAGGUACAUGGGUAUUUUGAGGGAAGCGUCUUCACUGGAACUGUGACUGUUGCCAAGGAGAUCUUUGUUAUUGAACCAGCGUGGCGACAUUUCAGUGCGGACGAGCGUCAUGGAAUGCUCGAUGGGAAUAUGAUCGUGUACCGUAGCAGUGACAUGAAGUUAGACUUCAGUCACAAACACCAGUCAGGUGAAAAGAGUGCAAGUUUUUGUGGAGCAGAUCAUGAUGGGCAUGUAAUUCCAACUGACCACGUAGAACUUUCUCUUCAUCAGAUACGGGAUUCACUUCAUCGUCAGAAACGACAGACUCCAAACGCAAACACGUGUCAACUGGUGAUAGUAGCGGACUACAAGUUCUAUGAAGGGAUGGGAAACAGUGAUAUUUAUACAACUGCGUCAUACAUGGCUGGGAUAAUAGAACGGGUUGACGCUAUUUACAGACGGACUGUAUGGAACUCAGCAGGACUCACCGGGUUAGGGUUUCAGAUCCAACAAAUGAUCAUCAACAAGUUUCCCACCGUACCAACAGGUGGCAGUGUGCAUUACAACAUGGCACCCACUACUCCGUGGACACCGGCAGCAUUACUAGAGGCCUUCAGCACGGAGACCUACUUCAACUCAUUCUGUCUGGCUCACCUGUUCACGCACCAGGCGUUCUCAGGCAACGUCCUUGGCCUCGCUUACAUCGCCUCCAAGAACACCGGUGCUGCAGGGGGCAUUUGUUCUGCAAAUUCAAACACUGGCUGGAGCAGUUCGAUGAAUUACGAGGGACAAACGGUUCUUACACAACAGGCAGAUUUGGUUACUGCUCACGAAUUUGGACACAAUUGGGGAAGUGAACAUGACCCAGCUUCUGGAGUGUGUGCCCCCGGAUCUAUUCUUGGAAACGGAAAAUAUCUCAUGUACUCCUACUCUGUGAGCGGCUACGAGUCAAACAACGAUAAAUUUAGUUCCUGUAGUAAAUUCCUGAUAAAUGAAGUUUUGCAAGCCAAAGGACUUCAGGGCUGUUUUAAAGAAGCCGUGAUGGCCACAACUUGUGGGAAUGCAGUGUUGGAGUAUGAUAAAAAUGAGGAAUGCGAUGCCGGAUACCUUGGCAAGUUCGGACUCGACCCGUGCUGCAGUUCUAGCUGUCGUCUGAUUGGCAGCUCGGAAUGCAGUCCAGUGAACCACGAGUGCUGUGUGAACUGCAAGACAGCACAGAUCGGGCUGGUAUGUAACCAGGGGAGUGAAACAAGCUGCAAGAAACCGUCGUAUUGUCUUGGUGAUGGAUUUGACUGCCCAACUCCUCAAAAUGCAGACGACAAUACCACGUGCCUUGACAGUGGAAAAUGUUUCCAGGGAGUUUGUCGACCUUUCUGUGAGGCUAGAAACAAGAUAAGCUGUGUUUGUGAUGAAGUUGCAACUUCCUGUUUGCGAUGUUGUCGUAGUAACACAAGUGCAGCGUGUGAACCAUACAGCACGACUCCAUUACCCAAUGGUCGGCCUUGUGUGCAGGGAUAUUGUGAUUCGGGCUCUUGUAAAAAGACAACGCAAAGCACCAUAGAACGAUUGUUUAGCAUCAUUCAGACCUUAUCGAUCGACAAAAUCUUGGAAUUUUUCCGUAACAACAUAGUGGGAGCUGUGAUGAUAUUCUCGCUGAUUGUGUGGAUUCCUGUGUGUAUAUUCCUCUCUUUACGGGAUUAUGAGCGCAAGAAACGGUUCAAACUGGACAUGUAUCGUGAAAUAAGAAGGGAUCGGUUUUUGGUGUUUGAUGAAGAUGGCCGAAAAACAAAGACAUCAGAAAAAGAACAACAGUUGCGCCAGCGACCUCAAUCCAGUGCAUCGUCAAACCAUCUGUACGAUGUGUCUAAAUACUAAGGUCUCACUCCACAGUUACACCACAGUUAUUACCCAGCAGUCAUUUACCAUUUAUUGUGGAAGAUAUUUGUUUAUAUUUUAUCAAUGAGAAAAGACCCGUUGGUAUAACAUACUAUUAAUAGAGGAUAUUUCAUGUUUUUUGUCAAAUAUGAUUUACAUGUAUGUCUCAUCGAGUGAAGUUUGCAAUCAUAUCUCAUGAGUCGCACUUGCACAACGAGUGUGAUAUGAUUGCA